CUGAACACCACUUUUAUCAAACAACACAGCUCAUAGUCAUACGCAUACGGAAAUCAUUUCAACUGACCAUGUCGAGCAUUCCAUUCUUUUGCACCGCCAACAUCCCACUCGAGGUAAGUGGCAUUCAGAAAAAGAUGACUUUGUAAGUUACUAAUGUUUGCUUGCCAGCUCAUCAAAGAGUUCGUCGUCGAAUCUCAACGACCAGAAAACACAAGAAACAACUGGUCUCUCAUCCGAGAUCCCCCCCAGGAUGAAUUUGAUGAAGAAACUCUUGGACCGCUCGACCACUUCGACUCCGGCUUCCUCAGCUUCACAAUUGAUGAUCUGAAAUUCUAUCUCAAAAACCUUCCCGAAGAGCAUCAAGAAACGAUCGCUGUAUCCACAUUCGUCGUCCUCGACGAGAGGACUAUACGUGACAAAACAGUCUCAAUUCACCAUUGGACUCGAGAGACUCCGGAUGAUGUCGAUGAGAGUAUCGACUUUGACGAUUGGCCGGUGAUCGAGUCUUGGAAAGAGUGGAGGGUGCCCUUUUCCAGUGCGGCUCUUGUCGCUUCGAGGCUGGAGAAUGAUGUUUAUGAUAGGAUCAAAAAUGAAGGGGGAUUCUCGGGAAAGAGUGAUGAGCAUGUUGAUGCCGAGGGUGUGCUUCGACUUCCGUCUUUGAAGAUGAAGGAUUUUGAAUUUUUGGAUGAUGAGGGGUGGCCGCUUGGUGAUGAUUGAUGGAGUUGAGGGAAUUUACCAGCGACAGAGAAUUUUAUACUUAGCCAAAUAAAACAUGAAAACUCUCCUAGGGUAGAAUCGACGUUUGCCAAAUUAUCGAAUAAGGUCGAUCAACCCCACGGAUACUGCAGUAGUAAUUUUCCAAAAUCUGUAAUUAC